AUGAUAAUCAGAGUUGAUAAAUGUAGCACCUUUGGCAUCAAGAAAGUUUUGACAAAAUCCGUUCAGUACUUACCGAAACUACUAAUUAACAAUGGUCUCAUACCUACUAUUCAAAUGGGAGAAUCUUUUAAAUAUCUACGAAGCUUCUUUGAUUUUGAUAUGUCCGACCAAGAACACAAAUCUGAACUAAUGUCUUUCAUUGAUGAACUAAUGUCUGAUAUCGACCAUAAACCUCUACACCUCAAAAACAAACUUAUUCUAUACAACCGCUACGUUCUAUCCAAAAUAUCCUGGAAUCUCACUGUUGCACCCCUGUUGAAAACCUGGGUAACGGAAGCAAACGAUUCUGUGAUUAAUCAGUACAUCAGAAAGUGGCUUGAAAUACCCAUUUAUGGAACAUUAAGUAAUAUUUAUCUAACCCAUAACAAAUUCGGUCUGAAUAUCCUCCCUGCAUCCGUCAAAUUUAUCCAAUGUCAAAUUGUCCUACGCAACGCUUUAAAAACAUCCCCAAAUGAUUCCAUAAAAGAACUCUGGAAAUCAACUAACAAUCACACUAAUAUUCAGUACGACAUAUAUAAUUCAACAAAGGAAGUUCUCAAGGAUUUUCAUUCUGGACAAGAAGAGAAGCUUCAACACCGUUUAAUUUGUCAAGGUUCAUUUUUCUCGAAUGUUGCAAAGUUUUCCUUUUCACAGUUAAACACACUUUGGUCUGCCGCUCAAUCAAAACUGCCAAAGAACAUUUUCAUUAAUAACUCUCUUCCUACGCGAAAAAACCUUACAAGAUGGGGUUUGGCUUCAAGUCCCGAAUGUUCCUUUUAUUUGUGUCCUGAAACCCUACUAUACACGUGGUAG